CAUAAAUUUUUUAAAUGAGGGGUAUAAGAUAAUUUGAGGGAGUACAGGAGCCAACUAUCCAAUGGAAGACCUAAACUAAAGACUAUAUGAAAUAGAUCCAAACUUAACUCUUUUACUCCCACAUCUUGCUUUGUCUCUUGAAUUGGAAUUCAUAUCAAAGAACUACUAAGUAUCUUGAAUGAGUUUUAUGGCAUCCUAUUGCAUUAAAUUUAGACCGAGGCAAAUUGAAUCUAAAGUUUAGUGUCUAUAUGCGCUUAAGAAUGUACAAUCAUCUUCUUCAUUAUUAUCAUAUUUGUUGCAACAUCCUCACCCCCAAUCUAAACUUCUUUAGGUUCCAUUGAUGACUACAACUUUGAAUUAAAUGAAAGAUUAGCUUCAAGAGAUAAAUAUCAUUAUUCCUUCUUAUUUCAAGCGAUAUCAUAAUUAAAUUCAUUCAACUAUAAUAUAAGAUAAAUAUUCUUGACAUGAAAAUAUCCCGUUUGUACAAUAUGAUUCAAACACGUUGAACAAAUAAUAUUAUUUAGGCUAUUUUGACUUUGAGCUUGUUACAUAAUAAAAUAACAAUGCACAAAAAUAUUGAAGCAGUUUUUUUAUCCGCAAAACUUUCAACUAAAGACUAAUUAAUCACUAUUGGAGUAUGUGGAUGUUGUUGCUUAAUCUUCGUUGGAUAAUUUAUUAGACACAUAAGGUGGAUAAUCUUCUCUUAUAUAGAUUUUCUCUUUAUAUAAGAGGUAUAGAUCAAACUUCUGACCACUUGCUUAAGGUGUUUGAGUCCCUUACCACUCAAAUAUAUUUAAUUUGAGAGUCUCCUACAAAUCAUAUCACAUUGUAUAUAAGAAUAAGAAAAUUGUCGUUCUAUUUUCUUCAAAUACAAGUAGUUAAGGGAAUGAUUAAAGUUGGGGUGCAUAGACACAAGUGUAAUUAUUUUAGAGGCAUGUUAAUAUUGGACCAUUUCCAUCCGUUGACAUUCUCUGCAGGCAGGAUGCAAUAACUUCUUUACUAGAAAAUAGUAUCAGUCAAUCGUCACCAAGUGAUGAGAAUUGAUAUAAAAUCUUUUAUUAACAAUGUUUAUUUUGGGUUAGCCACUAGCACGUACUCUUUUUAUAUAUGCAACAAUCAACACAAAAGGCUGAAAUUAGCCUUACUCUUCAAAUACACAUAGAGACACAGAAUUAAAGAGCCACCAAACAGAUCAAAACAUGGCUCAAAUAAAAAGUGUGACAAUUCUCAUUGUAAUCAUUGUGGUUACAAUACAAACCUCAGAAGCUGAAGAUUACAAGGUAGGAGGAGAUUUCAUAGGUUGGACUAGUUUUCCUCCAGGUGGUUCUUCUUUCUAUUCCAAAUGGGCUGCAAAUUUUACAUUCAAGUUAAACGACAAUCUAGUGUUCAAGUUCGAAUCUGGAAGCCACAGUGUGGUUAUAGUUAACAAGUCUAACUAUGAAAAGUGUAACAUGAAUGACAAUACCCAAAUCUUUAACAAAGGACCAACCAAAAUAAACCUUGAUCGCAUUGGGGAUUUCUACUUUACAUGCACCUUAUCAGGACAUUGUACUAGUGGACAAAAGCUAAGGAUUAAAGUCACAGAUACAACCUCUUCUUCUGUAACAGGGAAAGCUCCAGCUGAAGCUCCAUCAUCCUUAACUGGAACAGGUGUUAGUGUUACUACUCCUCCACCACAGAGCUCAGCCAUACCUAUGCUUGCAACCUUCUCUCUUCUUUUCAUUACUAUUUGCCUUCAAGUUUUUGUCUCCAUUUUAAGCUUCUGAAAUUCAGAUGAGAGUUUCCCACAUGUGUCAUUAGCAGAAUAUGUUUCUUAAACCAAAUAGAUUAGAUAGUAUUAUACAGUAAACUUACAAUAAUAUCCUUCUGUAGAGAUGGAGUCUGCAUUAUGGGCUAAUUCUAAUUCAGUUUUUUAAUAUAUAAAGUAUUUUAGGUGUAAAA